GAAAUGCUAAUUGGCAAAGUCUAGUCUCCGGGGAAUAGUCGGUCUUCUUCCUAUCUAGCUAUGAUCUAUCAACAAAGGGGCCAAAUUGAUAUCUCAUUUCAGAAACAAACUAACACCUUAAAAAUUUCAUGACUACCACGAGUCUGAUGAACCUGCAAAACAGCAGAAAAUCUUCAAAGAGCUCAGCGGGCACCAGUGUGACAUUAAUGAAUGUGAGGAUGCAAACCUCAAUAACUGCGAACAGAAAUGUACUAAUACAGAAGGAGGCUAUGCUUGUUCUUGCCGCAAGGGGUACCAUAGCAAGGGUAAAGUAGACGGAGAAGGUUGCACCCCUAAUCCAACAUUACUUGUUCAGAUUAUCGUUGGAAUCGGGGUUGGCCUCAUAGCGUUGCUAAUGGGAAGCUCUUGGUUGUAUUUGGGCUACAAAAGAUGGAAGCUCAUAAAGCUGAAGGAGAAGUUCUUCAGGCAAAAUGGAGGACUAAUGCUACAACAACAACUUUCAGAACGACAGGGGUCCACUCAUGAAACUGCCAAAAUCUUCACAGCAGAAGAACUUGAGAAGGCCACAAAUAAUUACAAUGAGUCUAAAAUCAUUGGCAGAGGAGGUUUUGGUACAGUGUACAAAGGAAUUUUAGUAGACGGCCGAGUAAUUGCUAUCAAGAAAUCCAAAAUGGUGGAUCAAAGCCAAAUAGAGCAAUUCAUAAAUGAGGUACUGGUGCUUUCACAGAUCAACCAUAGGAAUGUGGUUAAGCUUUUAGGUUGUUGUUUCGAGACACAAGUGCCACUGCUAGUUUAUGAGUAUGUAACAAAUGGAACACUCUUUGACUACAUCCAUAAUACAACCAAGGAAUCCAGACCAAACACCUCUUGGGAAAUCCAUCUAAAGAUAGCUUCAGAAGCAGCUGGAGUGCUGUCAUACUUGCACUCUGCGGCCUCUGUUCCUAUCAUUCACAGAGAUGUCAAGUCAACAAACAUACUCUUAGAUGAAAAUCUCACAGCCAAAGUGUCUGAUUUCGGAGCCUCGAGAUUGGUUCCGUUAGGCCAAGUUCAGUUGUCCACAAUGGUGCAAGGAACUAUGGGGUAUUUAGACCCCGAAUACUUGCAGACAAGCCAAUUGACUGAGAAAAGCGAUGUCUAUAGUUUCGGGGUUGUCCUCGUAGAGCUAUUGACAAGAAAGAAGGCGGUUUUCUUUGACAAACCGGGGGAACAGAUAAAUUUGGCUAUGUAUUUUCUUUCAGCAUUGAAAGAUGACCGCUUGCUGCAAGUUCUAGAUGAUUGGAUUGUGACUGAGGCAAACAUUGAGCAGCUUAAAGAAGUUUCUAUACUUGCAAAGAGGUGUUUGAGAGUAAAAGGAGAAGAAAGACCAACGAUGCAGGAAGUUGCAAUGGAGCUAGAGGGACUGAGAAGGAUGGUAUUGCAUCCGUGGGUGAAUGACGAAUCCAUUUCAGAAGAGACUCAGCACUUGCUUGGUGGAAUAUCAUUGGAAACUAUUAGUUAUGAAGGAGGUGGCGAUUCAGUUUUAGGGUAUGAUACUAUGAGGAACCACGUUGUAUUACCAGUUAAUGGUGGGAGAUGAUUGUGCCAGUGAACAAGUCCGUUUUAUAAUUUUAUUGUGGGUGUUUGUGUGCUUUUUUUGCCUAAUGUUCGACGGAGUGAUAUCUAUCAGUUAAUUAAUUUUAAUUACCUUGUUUAGUUUGGAGUAAAUGUAAUUUUGUAGUGAAAGGAAAA